AUGGCAACUCACAUUCUGUUUGAAACAUCAACUGGUUACAACUUGUUCACCGUCAGUGGUGUGGAACAGAUCCAGAAUGCUCAGGUGCAAAAGUCGAUGAUGGACUUUGAGAAGUUCUCCAAGUGUGCCAAGUUCAUUGGUAGCUUGCCAUUCAAGUCGGCACAUGACGCACUCGACAACAUCAACUCGAUCUCUGAAGGCAUCGUCACAGACUCUCUCGAGACCUUCCUCACUCAAAACCUCAAGAAGGCCUCUGGUGCCAUCCUCGGUGUCUCUGAUAACAAGCUCGCUGCCUCCAUUCAAGCAGCAUGCUCAAUCGGUUGUUUGGCCAAUGCUCUCACUGCU